AUGCUCAGCACGCCUGGCUCGCUCGUCCUGCGGCGGCUCGAGCCGCGUGACAUCCCGCAGCUCCAGGCGCUCCAUGAGGACUGGUUCCCGAUCCGCUACAACGACUCGUUCUACCAGAACGCCGGCGACGGCCUCUGGGAGACGGGCGAGCCGCUCUUCACGCAGGUAGCCGCCGAGCACGACGAGGUGCUCGUGGGCGCCGUCACGGCGCAGAUCCAGCGCGUCGAAGAGGCCGAGGACAAGGCGCUGCUGCAGUCGGCCGAGGGCAGCCUCAUACUACCGGAGCGGGGCAUUGCGUCCGUGCUCCUCGAGACGUGCAUUCAGGAGGCCGCGUCGUCGCCGCAGUGCAGCGCGCUCUACUUGCACGUCAAGGCCGACAACUACAGCGCGAUUCGCUUCUACGAGAAGAAUGGCUUCCAGCGCCUUCGCUUCCUUCAAGACUACUACAUGAUCCAUGGGCACAACCACAAUGCGUACUUGUACAUUCGCUACAUCAACGGAGGCAGCGCGCCGUCCAAAUGGAUAGACGUCCUCACGAGGUACCACCUGCUGGGUCGCCACUUGCUGCAUGACCUCGUCACGUCGAUCGCUAGACCUCUCAAUGCGAUCGUGUCGUUCUUCAGCCGCCUCUUCCACACCUCUGGCCACGACGAGAAGGCGUGCUCGAUCGUCUAG